GCCCGCCACACAGAACCCACUAGACCAACAGAGGGAGCUGGCACGACGCCGAGAGCAGGAGAGGAGGAGGCGAGAAGCGAUGGCAGCAACUAUUGACAUGAAUUUCCAAAGUGACUUAAUGGCUAUCUUUGAGGAAAAUCUGUUUUGAGGAGAGGAGUUACUGAAGCAUGACUGCAAACAAAAAAGAAAAAAAAAGAAAAAAGCUUGGAUGAUGUAAACUUCGUCUAAAAGGAGAUUUGGCGACCACGCACCAGAGGGACACGGACUGUAUGUAGAUGUGACAGGCCCUCAGAGACUGGGUACAAACGUUGGACGGGCACUCUUGCCCCUGUGGACUGAACACACACAACACAUGGGGAUAGUCUCAUUGUUUUGGAUGUCAUUUCCUGGGAAUUUGGCAUUGCCCGCCUGAUAUCUCGUAACGGGAGAAAGAGGACCCCUGUUGGCACAGUUGCCUUUGUCACGCUUGCUUCUUACAGUGUGCGUGGGCGCAACAACAAAUUGCGAGAGUAAAGACAUCCCAGUAUGUAUGAAAAUGCUCUGAUAAUGUACUGACAGACAGCGCAGAGUCGUUUUGAAGCUGCCAGAUGUCUGAGGUGGUGAAGAAGAUUGGUCUUUUUUUGUUCUGUUUUGUUUUGAUUGUUGUAAGUGAAACAUGAAAUGGUUGGGGGGGGGGGGGGGGUGUCAACUUCCAUACUGUAAAUCAUGUAUAUUUCUCAGCAGAGAAGGUAUAGUUUGCCUUACACCUCUUUCCUGAACAGACCAUUAUGUUCUGUGGCCUGCACACACGGAAAAAUAAUAACAUUUACAACCAGGAGUAGGAGCAGUGCAGAUCUUUUUUCAUCAUCUAGUAUCUACUGUAAAGAAGUAUUUUCUUAUACUACAAUAACUGUUUAUUUUGGAUCUUUCUCUUUUUCCUCUUUAGAUCUUUGAAUCUUCACACCAACACACUCCGCCACCUAUGUCUAUGCCAAACGACCCAUUAUCUUUUAUGCUAAAUUACUCGUCCUAAAACAUGGUAGGUAGCUAGUGACGCUUCACCCUUCUCCUCUCCGCCCUGCCCCUUGAAUAUAUGCAUUAUCAUAGUUCCAGCAAGUAUUUAUCAAAGACAGAAUCAGUUGAAGUUUUCAUCCUGCCUUGUAAUUUUCAUUUAAAGCUACAACAGGAACUUGUUAGCAGAAGGGAAAGGUCCGGCCGUUUCUGAGCUUUAUUUGGAAUGUGAAUUCACUACAAGCAUCGCACCAUUAUUUGUAUUACACUUAAGACAUAAUGUUGGAAACGUUCAUAUCAUUGGCCUGUUCACAGCAGUCACACUACUGGAUCAGUGAAGACAUGAGAAGAGGAGGGAGCCCCUUGCUGUCCCCCCCUCUGUGUGCGUUCAGUCUUCCUUUAAAGGUUUAGAUCAAAUGUCAACCGGCUGAUUGCUCGAGGCAGGAAGGGGACAAUUGGGGGAAUAAGACAAACACUUAACACCUUUUCUGUAGCUGUUACUUGAAUCAGGUUAGUAAAAAUAGCUAAAGGGACUGGAAGGCCCUGCCAGUUAGUUUUUGCAUCAAAUGGUCUUGCAAUUCACUGAGGGCACACUGUCGACCAUACAAAAUAAAAAGACAAAACGAUUACGAAAGUUAAGAAGCGGAAAACGCUGAAAAAACUGUUUUGAUUUAUAUAUUUGUUCUUGUUCGAUAAUAGUGGAUGUGAGUUAUAAUUCUGUUCUUGGAGACAUUGUUUGGACCGAGGAUGGGUCGACAUCCGAAUGCAUCUCGUCCUCUUCACUUGUCUCUUAUGGUGUUUUUCUCCAGUGCCUGUAUUGUAUUGCAAUUCUCGUUGGCUUAUAUUACACUUCGAGGGGGUUUAGAAAGGGGCAAGUCCGGACUGGGGGUGUAAUAUUUGAAUGGGGGAGGGAGAUUUUUGAAAGAGUUUGUGUAAAAAAUAAAUAAAUAAAUAAAAAAAAGGAAAAGACAGCGUUUUUUAUUUUACCCGUUGUCAAUAUUCGGGUUUUAAAUUUAGUUUUAGCUGGACUUCUAUGAGUGUAUACACCUGACGACAACUACUUUCUCGUUUUGUUCAAUCAGCAGAUUUUUGGUAGAUACGUUUCAGCGUUGCCACACUAGCGUUUGAAACUGGUCUGUGAGUGUGACUGUAAAUUUGGAUGGCUGUGUGACUGUGUGUUUUGUUUUUUUGUUAAUUUUUUAAAAAGUGUGUGGUGCAGGGAGGCAUGUUCCCAAUGUAGAUAAGCAUUCUAUUGAUGAGAAUAAACGGAUAAACAGUACUUCAGGAGAACUUGUUUCUGUGUUUAAGUCACCUUUUUAAUUUCUAUGAAGUCCACCAUAUAUGAAUAUAGAAGUUUUAUUAUUAGACUGGUUUUGAAAGGGUUAAAAAAUAAUGUCAUUCCUUUUUAACAUUUUUCCUUUUCACAAAUAACUGUUGGACAUAAUGUGCCAUGAGUUCUACAGAGAAUGUGCUGACCCCGCAGCUCAGCCCAGAGUUUGCUUUAUUCAGGUAUUUUAUUUUGUGUUACAUUUGUUCUGUUUUGGGGGUUUUGUUGAAACAUUUUCCUCGAUUAUCGUUUGGUAUGUGAGUGGUCUAUCGAGGUCUCUGAUUCAGUCUGUUAUGAUCAUUGAAUAAACUCAUCUCUUUUAUAGAAAAUAAAAAAAAUAAACAAAA